CAGAAAAUAGUAUGAGUACGGCCCACGAAUUUGUGUUGAAUUUGUGUCGACAGUGGCCCAAAGCCCGCUGGAGGAAAUAUUGUGGAUAGUUACAUUAUUUACAUCUUUGAUUAACCGGCAAUUCAAAUUCUGUAAUACCUAAGCUGAAGCGUGACCACGAUGGUUCUCUGCGCGGUGGCUGGUUGCCGUGCGUACUAUAACAGUAACAGCAAAACUCUCAAAACGGACAAAGCUAAUUCAUUAUCAUUUUUCCACCUGCCUCAUGAUCCUGAAUUGAGAGCAGAGUGGAUGGCAAGAUGCCAAAUUGAAGAUGGGUACAAUGUAAAAAAUGCCAGAAUUUGCUCGCUGCAUUUCACAAAGGAUGACUUUGACUCCUCAUAUCGAACCAAAUGUGCUUUUGGUCUUAAGCCUCUGAGACCCAGGCUCCAUGCUCUUGCCUUACCAUCUUUGCGGCUGCCUACAUCUGGAUUGGAUAGUCUGCUGGAGGAGUAUGCCGGCGAUGAGGAGGAGGAGUGGGAAGCGCUGCACCCUUUGCGGGAGCAAUCGCCGCCGCUGGACCCCGAGGAUCGCGCCGCCAUCAUCGAGGAGGCCAUGGCAGAGCAGCUGCGCCGCGAGCAAUGGCAGCGCGACCAGAAGUUGGACAUGCUCGCUUCUGUGGGAAAACCACGCAAAAGGGCUCCCACUACGAGCGUGGCCGCCAAGCGGCGUAAGGCAGCAUCCAAUGUUUCGCUAUCCAGAGGGGUAGAAGGCACAAUCACCAGCAUGAAGUCCGAGGUAUACAAUCUGCCGAAUGGCGGUCCCAUCAUUCGCAAGGUGACGUUCAUGAAGCCCGAGGUAGAGCAGCGAGACGAAGGCGAGGACCUGGACGACCUGGGCCGGCAGCUAAAGGAGAUCCGCAGGAUGCAGCGACAGACGGGCGUGCUGGAGCAGAAGCUGGCCACCAAGCAGCGGCAGCUGCAGGAGCUGCUGUUGCAGCAGGCGGCCGCGCAGUCCACGCUGACGUCGCUCACAGGCCGGCAGUCGGGCCGGCGCCGGCGGGAAGACGUGGAGGCGGAGCAGGCGCUGCAAAACGCCGCCAUGUUCCCGGCCGGCCACCCGCUCAUGGUGCUCCGCUCCGAGGAAGAGCCCGUCGAGCUCGCGCUGGCCAACGAUAUGCUCUCCGUGCCGGCCGACAUGCUCGAGGCCAAGCGGAUGAUCUUCAGUCUUCGCCAGGAGGUACUGGCACUCCGUAACUCGUCGUUGAAACACGCGCACACCGCCACCACGCAGCGCAUCGACGCUAUCGGGAGGGAUGUGAAGCGUGACAUACGCCAGGCGGCCAUCAUCGAGCGAAUGCGAGACGCUCUCAAUGCGGUAUUCACUCGAGCUCAGCAGUCUCGUCUGCUUAAAAGCAAGAGGCUGCUGCCCUGGGAGGCUGAAGACUACAUGCGCGCCAUCGCACUGCGGCGCCUCUGCCGCCGGCGCACGUUCGAGUUUGUGCGCAACACGAUGAACAUCCCGCUGCCGUCGAUGUUUGCGCUGCGCAGCGCGGCGGCGUUCGGACGAUUCCCCGAGGUGUCGCGCGGCUUCAAGGAGCUGCGCGAGCAGAAGAGGCUGCGCUUCAUAAAGGGUCCGGGCCCGUGGUCGCGGCCGCGGCCGCAGCCGGCGGCAGUGGUGGCCGAGCUGGAACCGCUGGAGACAGAGGUGAUUGCCGCCGGAGAGAUGGCCGGCCAGCUGACCCUGGAUCACAUGGAUGCGGCCGAGCAGCAUUCGCCCGUCCGCCGCGGUCAGGCGCACAGCAUCACCAAGCAGAAGUGGAGGUCCUACGAGGUGGAUGAUGACGAGGACGAAGAGGAGGAUGUGGUAGAGGAGGUGGAGGUGUUCGAGGCCGAAACGCCCAGCCCGGCCAAACAGUGCUGGAACGCGGUCGAUCUCACCGAGCUCAUCGAGUUCGAGCACGAAGACCAGAGUUCGAGCAUCGACGAUGGCUGGUCUCAGCACGUGGAGCCUCCCUUGGCGGUGGUGGGCAGGCCGCGCGGUCGCGGCCGCGGACGGGGCCGCGGCGUCGGUCGGCCGAGGGGGCGGCGGGGCGCGUCCGUGAGUGGCGGCAGGCAGGCGCCCGUCCAUUCCACCAGCCUUGUGUUUGCCGAUGAACUGUAGGCCCAGCAGCUGCAGGAACAUAAGGUACAAAGCUGGGCCACUCCAGCACAGUGUGGCUGGGCGUCGCAUUCACUUCGUACGACCGAAGUCUCGCACAGUGAGUGCCGAGCGAUGGACAGACAAACCCGCUGUGGAGACUGCCCAGGGUCCCGCAGGCUGAGCGCGGCACAGACUAACUCACGCUGAGAUGAUCGCUGUCUCGAGCGGCUCCGUACGCCCCGCGCUCACGGACAGCGCCUGUGCCGCCAGGGACGCUUUUAACACCAUCCAUGGUUUCACGUAUCCUCACAGUGGCGGACGGUGUUACAUUGUAAGAUAGGAUGAUUUGAAGCAUUCGUGUCACCAUUCACCCACCAUGUUUUCGUUUUUAUUUAGUGCUCCUUGUAGCACAGGGAUCAUGGCUGUCUUCAGCCUUGUGUUGAGCACCGAUUUCCCGGUUAAAGGCGGAAACAGACUUUCCGCAGUCAGAAGAUAACACGAGGGAGCCUUUUAAAUGACUCAACUAACGCUCACAUCAACCGUACGCAUGGAGGCGGGAUCAAUCAAUCAAUCCUACGCACCUCCAUCCUUGCGAUUGAUGCGAGUGUGGUUUAUGCUAUUCAAUAGGCUCUCGAAUGUUAUCUUAUGGCUGCGUAAAAAGUCUGGCAUAGUGUAUGAUUUUGUUCACUUGCAUACCGAUGCUGUUUCGUUGGGUUUUGUGUAUAUACGCGCGAUUCAUGUGUGUGCGUGUGUGUGUAUGUGUUUGUGAGCCGUGCAUAGCGCGUGGAGACUAGGGCGUGGAGGAAAUGCGGACACACGCUUGCGUACUAGGCUCAUUGGAUGAAAGUGUUUUCUGCACUUUGUCAUACUAUUAGCUCAUCGAAGAUGUGGAAUGACAAGGGCGAGUUAGCUUUGAGGGUUCUAAAUAUUUUUGUUGCACUAGCUGCUUAAUUUCCGUGGGCUGUAUAAAGUAAAUAAAAGUUGACGCGCA